AAACAAAGCGCCAACACCACGCGCGCCAGUCUCGUUUGCCGUUGAGCCGCGCGAACUCCAAACCUGACAUCUUGCACCAAUACACCCGUGAUCCUUAUGUAGUUUUUCUUUUAUCGCGUCUCUGUCUCUCACAAUAGAACAUCCAUCGUUUGUUCUAAAACCCCCCUCUCCCUUUCGCGCGCGUGCUCGAAGCGAAUCUGUCGGAUGUUAUGAACGGAUAUCCAUCUUUCGAAUGUAUAUGAACAUCCGUACCUGAUUAGGUCGAUAUAGCGCUCCACCACCAUGGACCAUUCAUCCCACGACCACCAGGAACACCACCUCAUGAUGGAUCAAUCAGCCCACUCCGGCCACGGCGACAUGGGCGGCGGUCACGGCGGCGACGGAGGCCCCAUGUGCAAAAUGAAUAUGCUCUUCACCUGGGACACGACCGACCUGUGCGUCGUCUUCCGCCAGUGGCACAUCACGUCCCCCUUUGGCCUGGUCGUCUCGCUGGUCGCCAUAGUAGCCAUCUGCGCCGGCUACGAGGCCCUGCGCGAGGGCAUCCGGCGGUACGAGGCCGUGCUGGCGAGGAGGGUCGACACGGCGCCGCCCCCCCGAUACCCCCGAUCCCCGUCCCCGUCGCCGUCACCGCGGUACUCUGAGGAAUCAGCUACUGAGAGAGCCCCAUUUCUGUCGUCGCUGGGUGCAGGCCAGAACCGGGAGCAGAUCGCGUGGCGGGCCCACGUUGUCAAGGCCAUCUUGUAUGGCAUCCAGAACUUUUACGCCUUCAUGAUCAUGCUCAUCUUCAUGACCUACAACGGAUGGGUCAUGAUUGCUGUCUCGGUCGGCGCCGGGCUGGGCUAUUUGCUGUUUGGCGGGAAGACUGCCGUGACCAAGGAGACUGCCUGCCAUUGAUGGGCGGGGCAGCGUCAGCAUUGGCCAUCUACAGAGAAGGGGAUGAGGAGGCAGAACCACACCCCACCCUAACUUUGUUCUGACCACAG